ACCCGGGCUUAUGGGGCAGUGCUCCAUACCAGGUCUUAGCUCUGCUGCUUGGAGUGCAGGCCUCUAUCUGCCUGAUUAGUUGGGGCAGGUGCAGUAAGCUCAGGCCCAUGCUGUCCGACGUAUUGCAGCAGUGAGGCCGCCAGUUGCCUAUUUUUCCAGCCGCCGGGCCAGCAUUAUUACCAUGGUGAGCCGCAGCCCCCUGCUCCUCUGGCUGCUGCUGCUGGUCACCCACCUGCUCUACCUGCUGUUCGGAGCCUUCGUCUUCUGCAGCCUGGAGCAGCCGCAGGAGCAGCUGCUGCGGGAGGAGACGGAGGAGCUGUGGGCAGAGUUCCUGGGCAGCCACCCGUGUCUGUCCGAGGAGCCGCUGGAUGACUUUCUCCGGAGGGCGCUGCUGAUCCGGAGCUUCGGGGUGUCCGUUCUGCGCAACACAUCCGACCUCCAGCUCAAGUGGGACUUCGUGUCAGCCCUGUUCUUCAGCGGCACCACCCUGACCACCAUAGGUUAUGGGCAUCCUUUUCCCAUCUCCAUGAGCGGAAAACUAUUUUGCCUGCUGUAUUCAAUCAUUGGAAUCCCUUUCACUUUAUCUCUACUCUCCAUUGCUGCUCAGAACCUGCUUGUCCUGCUUCGUGAUAAGCCUGUCCGUUUCCUUAACCUGCAGUGUAACAUCUCCCGGAACAAGCUGGAGUGGAUCCAUGCCGCUUUCCUAAUCGCCCUCCUUGCACUCCUAUUCUUUUUCAUUCCAGCCUUUGCCUUUAAUGCUAUUGAAGAAAAUUGGAGCUACGUGGACUCGCUGUACUUUUGUUUUAUUUCACUUAGUACCAUUGGACUUGGCGAUUAUAUUCCUGGUGAGCGAAGUGGUCAGCAGAUGCCAGCUCUCUACAAGAUUCUGGUUAUUGGUUAUUUAUUAAUUGGGCUGACUGCUGUGUUUCUCAUGAUUGAGAUAUUGAAGAGUUGUCUUAAAUGUAACCAGUUCUUCAAUCUGUUCCUGUUGGAGCGCGAAGACAACAGGAGAUCAGAGGAAAUGGAACGUGUUCCUCCAUGUGAUUCGGAAGUGCCUUUUGUGCCUAAAUAUGAAGAAACAACGAGAAGGAGGGUUCCACACUCUGUGUCUCCCACUGAGAAGUCAUAUGGGGCUAUAAACACAUCUUUCAGCUGACCUUUCAUUUGUUAAUAGAUUUCCAUAAUUAAGAGCCCUACACAUUAGGCGAUAACACUCAACGAUAUGAACGUUCUCGUUCAUUAAUGAACGAGAACUCGUUCAUAUUGGUCAGUGUGUAGGCCCUGCGCUCAUUCAUCGUUGGUGCCAUGUCGCUUAUGCAUGUAGGCCAAUGUGGACAAUCUCGUCCAUAUUAGCAUGCAGUGCUAUGGAGCCGGGUGCCGUGGGGGGUGAAUAAACCUCACUCCCCGUCACCUCCUCCCUGCCGUCGGGUCGCCCGUCAGCCGUUUCUGCCGUCGGGCAGCUCGGCGGCGCAUCACCGAGUGUGUAGGGGGCAUUACAGUAACUGCACAAUGCUUUGACCUAAAUUAUUACAGAAAACGUACACUGCUGGAAUUCCAUUGUCAAGUAUAUGACUUUAGUAAAUUUUGUUGGAGCACGAAGUUAAUUAGUGGCGUCUUGAACAUUAUAAUUUGUAUUAUACUGUUUUCAUAUAAAUUUACUAUGCAGAAUCAUUGUUUAAAAAUAUAUCUGUAUAUAUAUUUAAUACAAUAUACCAAUCUUUCUUUUUUCACACAUUAAGAUAAUGUUUAAUUUAUUUGCAUGUCGGUAGGGUUACCUGUUUGUCUAAUUACUUUUACAGCUUUUCUUUGUAGUGUAGUGAUUUUUAUGUCUUUCAGGGAAUUGAGAGGUUGUAUGUCAUUCAGUCUACACAAUAAAUGUGCACUAUAUAAUGUCUUGGUGGGGGUAGGGGGGAUGGCGGUUAGCUUUAACAGGAGAAAUCAAGGUUAGCUUACACAAUGAUUAAAUAAAAAAAAAAACAACCCAAAAAAACCUGAUCAUUAAUUUUGGAAAUUCAUUUGAUUUUUUUAAAUUUAUCUUGUAAUAAACACUUUCUGUUAA